AUGGACAGGGUGAAGGAAAUCCAACAGGACCAUAUGGACGACGGCUGGGACGACAUCGGUUACAACUUUCUUAUCGACGGAUAUGGAAACGUGUACAUAUUACUUGAUGUAUGUUUCUCUUGGGGUGCACACACGGCCUGUUGUAACUUCAUCGCCAUCGGCAUCAACUUCCUCGGGUACUUCGAAGACGACCUCCCGACUAGUGCAGCUCUGGAGGCCGGGAAAAACCUGAUAACCCGCGGGGUGGCAGAGAGGAAGAUCAGGAGCGGAUACGACAUGAACUGUCACUCCGACCUCGGGUCCAGGAAGGGGGAAACAGACUGUCCCGGGGCAGCUCUGUGUGGCUUCGCUAAGAGACACUUCGCUGGCCUGUAG